AUGUUGACGCAAGUACAGGGUCAGCGAGACGAUUGGGAGAUCGGAGCGGACUCCCCCCUCUUCGACGUUGACCUCGGGCCGUAUGAUAAGCAAAACUUCACUUUCUCAUAUCAGCUCAGUCCGCUCCAGCGCAUGGGCUACGAGGUCUACACGGCGGCGGCGUAUAGAGGCUUCAGCGAUGCAGCCAACAUAUCCUGGGUCCCGAUUCCGUCGCUAAACCGCACCGACGCCGACGUGAGCGCCAUCUUGAUUGCUCCGAAUAUUGUGACGUAUGCGCAGAGCGUCGACGAUCCCGUGUUCCAGGCCAACGGGUCUAUCAAGAACCCAAUCCGGACUUCGGAGCUUGGUACGGAGCAAGUCAUGUAUCUGAGCGAUAACACUCUGCGCAUCGUUGCCUGCGCCGAUCAACAUGAGUUUUGCGAUCCCAUCAGCGGCGCCUGUUCAGGUUUGGAUGGCCACUUGAGCAGUGGGAUCCCCGAACUUCUGGGAACGGUGAACAACAAACAGUGGGCCACUAUUGUGAGGAUCCAGCAUGACUCACUGCUUUACACAAUGGAAGGAAGUGUGAGAUCUCUGGGUGACAACGGCAAGUUCUCCGAGAAGAAGCUCCUUCUCCUUCUCAUUGCUUGGUUCGCUAACACGGAAUCGUCUCCAGCUCUCAUUGCCAAGUCCAUCAUGGCCAGCCCAAUGCUCAUCUCCCCUGGUCUAGAUGCCCACGCAUUGGCAGAAAGAAGUCCAACUGUGGUUCGAGACGGGCCUCGCCAGGCUUCAAACUAA